AUGAAUCAAUUGAGCCUCCCACUAUUGGCCAGACAUUCAAAAUCUAAAAAAAAACCCUCUCAAGGAAAGUCUUCCAAGAAAUCAGGUCGUUCUGCUUCUCCUGGAGUACCAGAUGCUUCACCUGCUGCCACAGCUUCAACUUCUGCACCUGCAAAACUGGCAGAAAUCAAUACUCGUUUGGCUAGGAUGGAUAAUAUUCAAGGACAGCUUCUCAGGAAGAUGGAUACCAUCAUGAAUUACGUUCAAAAGUUCUACAAAGGAGGUGAACAAAGUGCAAACCUUCGGGAGAAGGUGGUUCAAGUCUUGCUUCAAGAGGAAGCAAGCACACUUCAAGCAGAUCGAAGGGAGUUCAAAUUCUUGAAGGGUCAACAAGGAAGAAAUGCAAUGGAUGGCAUGGAAAUAGUUGUUAGAAUUAGAAAAGUAAGAAUCUAUACUAUAUUUGUGGUGCUGCUUAGAGAUCCAUUCGAUGACAAUGUAAUCCCCAUUGUAGAGGAACUUCAAAGACAUUUACCUUUAACAAGAGCCAGUCCUAAAGGCCAUGGUGAAGAAGAAGAGAAAGCCUCAGGGGUACGAGAUGAAACCAUCGAAGAAAAUGAACAAGUAUUAUCGCUUGAGCUUAAUAUUUCUGAUGGUUUUGGAUACAUUGUGUCAUGCAAUGCAGAGUUUCCAUUCGAAUUCUGGGCCUUAGAAGUUGCACUAGAAGCUAUUUGUAGUUGUCUUGAUGCUCGCACAAGAGAAUUGGAAGCUGAAGCUUAUUCAGCUUUAGAUGAGCUGACCUCCAGCAAAGUUGCUCUGUUUGUUCAAAUAGAUUUGAAUGAUUAA